UGUCAAAAAGCAAAUUUGCGCCUUCCAAGCCGGACCCUCCGUAAAACGCGUUUUGGAGAAGUGGAAUUUCGCUCUAGUUACGUACAGUAGACGACGUUUGCAAAAUGUCUGAUCCAAGCUCCCGCGAAACCGUCCUGAAGACAUCGAUGGUUUACGUUUGCGGAGAAUGUCUUCACGAGAAUGAAAUGCGCCCAAAAGAUCCGAUCCGUUGCCGCGAGUGUGGCUAUCGUAUUAUGUAUAAGAAGCGCACACGUCGCCUGGUCGUGUUCGACGCUCGCUAGUGGCCUUAUGGAACCAUUCCAACGAUCCUGACUCGCGGUUGUAGGGGCCUAUUCUGACAUUCAGGUGAAUUAAAGCAUGGUUAAAUGAAAAAAAUAUAUGUAUAUACGCCGACAAAACCAUGGAAAACGCCACGCGAAUGUCAGAAUAGAUCCCUUAGUCGUAGAGAACAGCUUGGCAGGAAUGAUGUGUUGGAGAUACUUCCGACGAAUGUAUUUUUUAUUGUUGGAAGGAUGAGUAUCUGGAAGAUUCGGCAUUACUAACUCCCUCAUGGCAUUAUAAUAACUCUUUCCUUUUCAAUAAUAAAUAAUCCAUCACAUAAACGAAA